AUGGACCCAAUCAAGUAUAUCUUUGAGAAGCCUUCUCUCACAGGAAGGGUUUCCUAUUGGCAAAUGAUUUUAACAGAAUAUGAUAUCCAGUAUACUACUCAAAAAGCCAUCAAGAGUAAUAUAAUUGCUGACUAUUUAACACAUCAUCCUGUGGAAGAUUACCAGCCAAUGAAGUUCAAGUUUCCUGAUGAAGAUGUUAUGUUUCUCAAAGAAUAUUACAACCGACCGGACCCAGAUGAAGGCUCAGAGCCAAGGUCACGAUGGAUGCUUGAGUUUGAUGGUGCUUCAAAUGCUUUGGGAAAUGGUAUACGAGCUGUCAUUACUUUUCCCAUGGGUUUUCAUAUUCCGUUCAUUUCCAGAAUCUAUUUCGAAUGCACAAAUAACAUGGUUAAAUAUGAAGCUUGCAUCUAUGGGAUUGAAGUUGCUAUUGAUUUGAGAAUUAAAUAUCUUGAAGUAUAUGAGGAAUCUGCUCUGGUCAUUAUCCAAAUCAAUGGAGAUUGGGAGACUCGUCACCCAAAUUUGAUUCCAUAUCAAGAGCACAUGAUGAAGUUGAUUCCAUACUUUGAGGAGAUCAUGUUUGAUUAUGUUCCAAGAGAAGAGAAUCAUUUAGCAGACGCACUGGCCACUCUGACAUCCAUGUUCAAAGUCAAAUGGGCGAAUGAGGCCCCCUCCAUCAGCAUUAUGAGGUUGGAUGUGUAG